AUGUAUCCGGUGAUUGGAAACGCUAUCAUCUUUGGAAUCAUGUCAAUCACAGUGGAAACAAGUCUUGGAGGAUCGGAUUAUUUUUGGUUAACGUUAAUCUUAUUGGUGUUGACUGGUGCUACUACUAGUUUCUUUCAAGUGUCUGUUUUUGCUGAAGCUAGUCGAUUUCCUCCUCAAUAUGUACAAGCAGUGAUGAGUGGUCAAGGUAUUGCAGGUGUAGCUGUAGCAGGAUCUUCUAUUAUUAGUGCAUUGGCUGCAACAACAAAAAUGGAUACGAAUGAUCCUUCUUCCAUCAACCGAUCAGCUUUCAUCUACUUUCUUUCUGCUCUUUUUGUUACUGUUGCUGCAUUACUUGGUCGCGUGAUUUUAUCCCAACAAGCAUUUUAUCUUUUCCAAAUGAAACAAGAAAAACUGGUGAUUUCAGAUGAUGAAGAUAGCGAAUCCUCACAACAUACGACAACACGACCUGUCAAACAACUGGUAAAAAAGUCAAUGGGCUUGAUUUUUGCUGUAGCAUAUGUAUUUGUGGUGACUUUGAUGAUCUUCCCAUCCAUCACUGCCUUGAUCAAAUCCGUGGUACGACAUCCUCCUUCCUCUGACAACACCUCACCUACUAGAACAACAACAACAUCACAGUCUCGAUUCUUUGAUGAUGAUAUAUUUAUAGCUAUGCAUUUCUUGUUAUUCAAUGUGGGCGAUUGGGUGGGUCGUGUGCUUCCUUUAUGGUCAAGUUUUCAAACAUUCAAAUCUUCAUUAUUGGUGAUAUUCUCUUUAUUACGGACAGGUUUGAUUCCUCUAUUUUUGAUAUGUAAUGUAGUGGUAUCUAGAGAACGACUAUUACCGGUGUUGAUCAACAGUGAUUUGGCCUACUUUUUAUUGAUAUGGAUCUUCUCUGUGACCAAUGGUUGGGUAAGCAGUUUGAGCAUGAUGGCCGCUCCUCAACAAACUUAUCUACGUAGUGCUGCUGAAAAAUCUCAAAUUGGUAGUAUCAUGAGUUUUGCUCUGGUGGUUGGAUUGGCUAUAGGUGGAUGUAUGAGUUUUUGGAUUAGAACUCUAAUUUAG